AUGUCGUCCCAUAUUCUCCUUCAAAACGCUACCAUCCUGGUCCCAUCUCAUGAACCAAAUGACUAUGUGGUGCCGCUGCGGGGUCAUUCAUUGCUGAUUACAAAUAACGAGAUCUCACAAAUUGAACGAGACAUCGCUCCUCCAGCUGGUGCAAAAGUCAUCGACUGCACGGACAAAAUCGUCUCUCCUGGUUUCAUCGAUACGCACCAUCAUCUAUGGCAAACCCAAUUGAAGGGGCGCCAUGCCAACCACUCUCUGUUGGAAUACAUGCCAACCGGAAACAUGCAACAUGCCAACUAUGCACCCGAGGACGUGUUCUGGGGCGAGCUUGGAGGUUGUCUCGAGGCUUUGGAUGCAGGUACCACGACGGUUGUGGACCAUGCUCAUGUGAAUGUAUCACCGGCUCAUAUCUCUUCUAGGAUUCGGUCUGUGUUUUGCUACACUCCCACUAUGCGUGUGAAAACCUUCAAGCCUGAUCUUACCCUGGACGGUGGCCUGUUAGAUGAUUGGGUAAUUGAUCACCUGAAGCGCCUCGGCGCUGAUGCUCCUUUUGGGGACGGUCGGGUACGGCUGGGGUUCGCUUUUGAUGGCUUCAUGCUUCCGAAAGAGCAAGUGGUUUCUAUUUAUGAGGCGGCACGCAAGGCCGGUGUCAAGGUUGUCACAUCUCACUAUGUGAGGGGUUAUUUCAACGAUGUUUCAUUUGUUGACACCCUCGAGUCAUAUGGUCUUCUGGGGCCGGACAUUCUUUUUUCUCAUGCCACCAAUCUUACGGAAAGUGACAUUGCAAAGCUCACUCAAGCCAAGGCAUGGAUCUCUACAACACCAGGUACUGAGUUGCAAAUGGGCCACGGUAACAUUGUUUGUUUCCAAAAGGGCUGCACCGAUAUGUGUGCGUUGGGAGUUGAUUGCCACAGCAACAACUCCGGCGACAUGGUCUCACAGAUGCGUCUUGCCCUGCAACAUGAGCGAUCCUGCCGCAACGAGGAGGUAAUUUCUCAGGGCAAAACAACCGGGUCGCUGAAUCUUUUCGUUCAAGACGUGUUCCGACUUGGCACUAUACAAGGAGCGCGAGCCAUCCACAUGGAAGACAAGCUGGGAUCGAUCGAGGUUGGAAAACUUGUAGACCUUGUCAUCUUUGAUGGCAACAGUCCCGGCAUGGUGUGUGCAUCUGAGCAAGACCCGGUCGCGGCUAUUGUUCUUCACUCCUCGGUUCGUGAUAUCGAUACUGUGAUUGUUGAUGGACAAAUCAGGAAGCACCAUGGAAAGCUGUCCACAGUGCAAAUUAACCCGUCCAUGAGCGGUGUAACUAUCGCAAAGCAGAGCGUUGAGUGGAGUCAGGUCGCCAAGGAGCUUGUUUCCAGCCGGGGAAAGAUCGAAAAUGCUAUGGCAAACGCAUGUGCUAAUGAGCCUGACCUUCUGGACAAGGCUUUUAGAAAGUUUGCGCACCUGGAUGAGAGCAAGUUUGUGAAGCUGUAA